GUCCCUGUAAAUAGACAGACCAAAUACAUCAUCCUACUCCAAAGUCUUCUCUCAACAAUCAGUCGAUAAGUCCUGUAUUCAAAAAGCCUAUUCAUUACAUUUCCUCCUCUUCCUCGGUGAUAAACAUGGGUAUUCGUUUGCCCUCAGUGAUUAGUAAUGCCAAGCAAAUCCUCAAACUGCAGUCUGUUCAUAUUAGAAGUCAGUCAGAUGUUCCAAAAGGGCAUUUUGCAGUUUAUGUGGGAGAAAUUCAGAAGAAGCGAUUUGUGGUACCGAUAUCUUACUUGAGUCAUCCUUCAUUCCAAGACUUGUUGCAGCAGGCAGAGGAAGAGUUUGGAUUUAAUCAUCCUAUGGGUGGUCUAACAAUUCCUUGCAAAGAAGAGACUUUCAUUGAUCUUACUUCUCAAUUGAGUGCUUCAUAACAGAUGAAAAAGAGCAAUCCUCUUGAUCCUUCUUAUUUUUCUCCAUUUUUUAACCUCAGAAUAGAGGAGUUGUUGUAACAUGUACAUUUUUUUCUCCAUGUAAAUGCUGGGAGCAAUCCCCAAUAGAUGGAGUUCUUUAUCCCCUAAUUGAUCCUGAUGGUAAAUAGUUUCCCUUCAAGA